GCGAGGGCGCUCUUUGCUUUUCAUACCUCUAUGUUCACUUUCUGCAUUGCGAGGGCGCUCUUUGCUUUUCAUACCUCUAUGUUCACUUUCUGCAUUGCGAGGGCGCUCUUUACUUUUCAUACCUCUAUGUUCACUUUCUGCAUUGCGAGGGCGCUCUUGACUUUUCAUACCUCUAUGUUCACUAUCCGCAUUGCAGGAGCGCUCUUUACUUUUCAUACUUCUAUGUUCCAUUUCCGCAUUGCGGGGGUCUCUUUACUUUUCAUACGUCUAUGUUCACUAUCCGCAUUGCGGGGGUCUCUUUGCUUUUCAUACGUCUAUGUUCACUAUCCGCAUUGCGGGGGUCUCUUUACUUUUCAUACAUCUAUGUUCCAUUUCCGCAUUGCGGGGGUCUCUUUACUUUUCAUACGUCUAUGUUCCAUUUCCGCAUUGCGGGGGUCUCUUUACUUUUCAUACGUCUAUGUUCACUAUCCGCAUUGCGGGGGUCUCUUUACUUUUCAUACGUCUAUGUUCCAUUUCCGCAUUGCGGGGGUCUCUUUACUUUUCAUACGUCUAUGUUCACUAUCCGCAUUGCGGGGGUCUCUUUACUUUUCAUACGUCUAUGUUCCAUUUCCGCAUUGCGGGGGUCUCUUUACUUUUCAUACGUCUAUGUUCCAUUUCCGCAUUGCGGGGGUCUCUUUACUUUUCAUACGUCUAUGUUCACUAUCCGCAUUGCGGGGGUCUCUUUACUUUUCAUACGUCUAUGUUCACUAUCCGCAUUGCGGGGGUCUCUUUACUUUUCAUACGUCUAUGUUCCAUUUCCGCAUUGCGGGGGUCUCUUUACUUUUCAUACGUCUAUGUUCACUAUCCGCAUUGCGGGGGUCUCUUUACUUUUCAUACGUCUAUGUUCUAUUUCCGCAUUGCAGGGGCGCUCUUUACUUUUCAUACUUCUAUGUUCUAUUUCCGCAUUGCAGGGGCGCUCUUUACUUUUCAUACGUCUAUGUUCUAUUUCCGCAUUGCAGGGGCGCUCUUUACUUUUCAUACGUCUAUGUUCACUAUCCGCAUUGCGGGGGUCUCUUUACUUUUCAUACGUCUAUGUUCCAUUUCCGCAUUGCGGGGGUCUCUUUACUUUUCAUACGUCUAUGUUCACUAUCCGCAUUGCGGGGGUCUCUUUACUUUUCAUACGUCUAUGUUCUAUUUCCGCAUUGCAGGGGCGCUCUUUACUUUUCAUACGUCUAUGUUCUAUUUCCGCAUUGCAGGGGCGCUCUUUGCUUUUCAUACGUCUAUGUUCACUUUCCGCAUUGCGGGGGCGCUCUUCACUUUUCAUACUUCUAUGUUCCAUUUCCGCAUUGCAGGGGCGCUCUUUCCUUUUCAUACCUCUAUGUUCCUCCUAUCCCGCCUUUUCCCCCUCCGUCUCCGCUCUCUUCUCCCAUUGGUUGUUGCUUGGGAGGUCCCACCCCUUUCCCCUUCCUUCGCUCCCUCAUUGGUCGAAGCGCGUCCUGGCAGAUAUGUAGUGCGGGGGCGUUUCCCAUCGUAGCCGCAAUAAUACAAAAUAAAUAAUAAUAUAAUAUCAGAGAUAUAUAGUCUUCGAGCUUAUUAAUAAUCGUUACGUAUUAUUAUGUUGUUUGAAUAUGAGGUCCAUGGAUGUGUCAGGGUUGGCGACGGAAGGGACGGGUUGCGUGAUGGACCUGCCGGGACUUGGGGGCGGGGCAAGGGGCGUGGCCUGGCGCGUGAGGGCCGGGGAAGGGAACAGCCAAGAUGGCGGCCGGGCAAGGAUGGUAAUCGCAAAACAAUGGAAAAGUGAGAAAGCCCCAUCGAAAGAUGCCUGGCUGACCAAAUGGACUGAAAUAAAGGAUAUGGACAAACUUACCUUCUGAAUGAGAAAGAGCAACGGAAGAGCUAUAAGAGCCACGGACUGGUCAAACUUUGAAGACUACCUUGUUACUUCAGAGAAGGGAACCAGCAAGGUUGUAUUCAGAUUUUCUGGGAAGUUGUAGUUUAGGUAAACAUAAUGAAGAUUUUACUGAUUGCAGUACAGUCUCCUUAUCUAUAGAUUUGAUAUGCAUGGUUUUACUUACUGUAGUAAACUCUCCCCUCCAAAGUGUUUGUAGGCCUCUCUAUGUUCUUCACUGCAAUUCUGUGAUAGGUUUCUGGCCCAAAUAUCAGCGAAAUAUAAGGUUUACUUGCAUCCAUGGGGAUCUUAGAAUGGGAGGUAUAUGUAAUAGUUUAACCCUUAAGCUCUUCCUCAUUAAAAAAAUUGCAGGAAAGUCUAGUUAUUUUCCCCCCUCCACAAAUGUCUUGCAGGCAUUACAUUUUUUGUUCUUUUUAAAAUGUAAUACAAUGGUAUAAUUAUCCCCCCCCCUCCCAAGCACAUCUUCUCUGUUGGUUUCUUCUUUUCUGGGUAGGAGAUAUUACUUUUUGGAGCCAACCCGGGAUUUUAUCAGUAUAUUUAUUGUAUGUGACCUCAUUUGUUUUAUGAUUUGUUUUAUUGUUGAUUGACUUGUUUUAUUGAUAUGUUUUUAUAUUGUCUGAUAUCUGGGCUUGGCCCCAUGUAAGCCGCCCCGAGUCCCUUCGGGGAGAUGGGGCGGGGUAUAAAACUAAAAUUAUUAUUAUUAUUACCUUAAGAAAAGAUGAUAAGAACUAUCUAAUGGGAACAUAAAUGAUUAGUGACAAAGAUCGGAAACCCCCCCCCCCCCAUUGCUAGUGUAUAUCCCCUCUCACAAUCCCUAAUCCAGACACACUUGCCCUGCCCCUGCCCUCCCUUCCCUGUUCCCCUGCCGUAUGUCGUCUUAUGUUUUAUGUUUGAUGUUUUAAAAGAAACUUCUCAAUAAAAAUGAUACAAAAAAAUAAAAAAAAUAAACUUAACCAAACCUGACUGUUUAAACAAAAUCAAAUAAACGUGUCAUCCAUAAAUCAAAAUAAAAACACACACUUCUUUACACCAACUUUGGUUGCAAAUGUAUGCAAUUUCCUUGAGAAACCUCUUCCUUCCUUCCCAGGCACCAUUUCUUAAACCCAGAAAGGGAAAACACACGUAGGAGCCGCCUGAAUUCUCCCUUGUCUGUCCUUACGGCUGAGUUACAACUCGCUGAGCUUGUUUUGAUUCUGUUUCUAUACAAAACGGUGGCUCCCAUCAUGAAAUCAAUAAAGUUUAUUAUUUCACAACG